AUGUACCCAUCUGUCAUUCUCUCAGCAUGGACUUUUCUCCAAGUCGUCCUUUACAGUGCCACAAGCCACGCCCAGCUUGUUCCUCCCCCACAUUUUUAUAACACCACCUCAGCCUUCAUCUCCCCACGCAGAAAUGUUAUCAGUCAGCAGGAUCUCAGCCUGGCUCCUCCGAUACCAAUUCUCGACAUUGGGCUGCAGCACAUGCUUGGCCAGAUGGGUGCUAAUGCCACCAGGGCUGAGAACGUCUCCAAUGCAGAAGCAGAUGGCCGACCGCCACCGCCAGAAGUCUCGAAAUUCACUCUGUCGUACCAGAAAAAUGCACCUGCUGAGUGCGGUCCUGGUCAGCCUUGUGCUGACCAGAGUUGCUGCAAUUCGGUACGAAGGCAAAUGUGGAUUCAAACCUUACAAUUGUGUCUCGUCUGCUGCGACGACUUGUAUCUCGAAUUGCGAUGCCCAUGCUAUGUGUGGAGUAGACUCGCUACAAGGGCAGCAGAAAUGCGACUUGAACCUAUGCUGUUCUUACUUUGGGUAUUGCGGUGUGAGUACCUGGAACAUUCGACGGCGAUAAUCACCACUGAUAAUUACCAGGCAACAGAUGCACACUGCGCUACCCAAGGUCAAACUCCGUGCCAACCAGGAUUUGGAGACUGUCAAGUCAUGAGUGCGCCAAACUGUACGACCAAGACAGCUUCCAAAGGUAGGCGAGUCGCAUAUUAUCAGAGCGGGGGUGCGAAUCGAGCCUGUGAUCGAGUCUACCCAUCCCAGAUAGACACCACCGGCCUGACCCAUCUCAACUUCGCGUUUGCCUCGAUUGAUCCCGUCACGUUCAGUGUUACUGCCGCAGAUCCCAAAGACUUUCUAUUGUACCACCAAUUUACUACUCUGUCAUCACCCCACCGUCUACAAACGUGGAUUUCUAUCGGGGGUGGUGGCUUCAGCGGCCCCGGCCCAACGCAUACAACCUGGUCCGAUCUAAGUUCCACGCCAUCAAACCGAGCAGCUUUCAUUUCUUCACUGGUUGGUUUCAUGCAUAAGUGGGGAUUUCAAGGUGCCGAUCUCGAUUGGGAGACUCCAGCCCAGCCAGAUUCUGGCGGGAAGCCGGAGGAUACUGCGAAUCUGGAACUUCUUAUCAAAGAAAUGCGUACUGCUUUUGGCACUAAGUAUGGCAUAAGCCUUGCGCUGCCUAACGACUUCAAUUAUCUUGCUGCCUUUAAUCCUAUAGCCCUCCAACCCUAUGUGAGCUUUUUCAACUUCAUGGCUUACGAUUUACAUGGCCCUUGGGAAACAGCACGACUGGGCGCUCUUCUUCGUCCACAGGCGGCGCUGCCGGAUAUCGAGAGGACGCUUCUGCCAAUCUGGUUCGAUGGUCUCGAUGCUAGCAAGCUUAAUCUUGGUCUCCCGUACUACGGACGCGGUGCCACUGUUUCUAGUACUUCCUGCGUAGAUCUUAACUGUCCCUACUCUGGCCUCAGUCAUGCCGGUCAAUGCAGCAGCGAGGCAGGUAUUUUGUCUUUAAAAGAAAUCCAGGAUAUAAUCGCCCAACGUCAUCUUAUACCAAAGGUCCUUCUAGGUAUCUUUCAGAAAUCAAUCACAUUUGAUGACCAAUGGAUUUCAUACGAUGACAGCGAUACUAUAACCCAAAAGACACAAUGGGCAGACCAACACUGUUUUGGUGGAACUAUGAUCUGGAGUGUUGACUUGGCUAAUGGCAAUGGAAGUCCUGAUCCUCUAGCUCUGAAAGUGAGCACUGAUGGGACUUGUGGGAAGAUUUCAACAUGCUUCGGAUCACACUUCGGUGAUUGCUGCUCAGGCAAUUCAUUUUGUGGGUCUUCAAAAGACUUUUGUUCAGCAAGGAAAGGCUGUCAAGAUCAAUUUGGUGUAUGUGACGAGGACAGUAGCCCGUUCAGCAUUUCAAGCAUUCCAAGCACGCCCGCCGCUGCCCCGACUGCGGUCAGCGUAGAUGGCUCCUGUAAUGAUAAGACAUGCCAGGGAAGCGCAUUUGGAAACUGCUGUUCCCAGUAUAAUUUUUGUGGCUCGACCCCAGACCAUUGUGGGAAGGGCUGCCAACCAGGCCUCGGAAGCUGCGCCGGAGAUGUCAAAUCUUCCAGUACUAUCAGCAGUACGCCAGUCAGUACACCUACCUCUCUUUCUGUCAGCAAAGACGCAUCUUGUGGUGCUGGUAAAACUUGCAAAGGCUCCGAUUUUGGGAACUGUUGCUCAAAAAAUGGUUGGUGUGGGUCUACCCCCGACUACUGCUCACUAGAUAAGGGCUGUAAUCCCGCAGUUGGCCUCUGUGGUGACAAUUUGAAGAUGACAGUCGAUGGAAGUUGUGGGUCAGGAAAAAUCUGUCUAGGUUCAUCUUUCGGUGAUUGUUGCAGCUCUCAUGGGUGGUGUGGUAAGACUUCUGAUUACUGCUCUUCGGCGAAUGGCUGCCAAAGUGCGUUUGGGAGUUGUUCCUGA